GAGGCAGCAGCACAGCGAAAAGAAAGAAGUGUGAAAACAGUCGACCAGGCAUUUUAGUGAGAAAUUUACCUUUGCCAACACGCAAAACAACGAAACAAAUAGCGCACACCGCCAUUGCUUGCACAAUUUCCCACCGUACGUAGCUAUUGCCGUACCGUCGUGACCGAAUCGUCGGCCAAGGAGUUCGCGUAGACAAAAUUUAGAGCACUGCUAUCUAGCAGUUGGCAAGGAGGGUAAGGUGUGUGGUAGAAAAAAAGCGAAGAAUAAAAAAAAACGUUCACCCUGAAAAAGUUGACAAUCGCCUUCGCCACGCUUCUUUCCCUCGUCGUCUUGCGUGUGACGUCGAAUAAGAAAAAAGGAAAACCUAGCCAAGAUCUGUGAUCAUCGACGAAGGAAAAGCGGCCCUCUUCUCUGCUCUAGUGUUUCGCCUAUCCUGUCUUCUGUGUGCCUAUUUUGCUGCCAGUGUGUGUGUGUGUGUGUGUGCGUGCGUGCGUGCGUGAAGUGUGUGAGAGAGAAAGAGAGAGAGAGAGUUGUGCGUGUGUUACCAUCCGACGACAGUGUUUCGCGAGUGUUUAAUCUUAAGAAGUAAAAGAAAAUUCCAUCACACAUCAAGCCAACCUUCGCUGCAGAAGGAAAACUGGAUAAAUCAUCCGUCCGUCCGUUCGGAAAGUUUGACGGCUGUAAAUGAUGGCUCUCAACAUUGCCGUGCCGAUGUCGGGCGUUGGUGAUCUCCUGGAUGGAUUCGGACUGCUGUCGCCAAUUUCGCCCGUCAGCAUCGGCUGCCACAGUAGCCGGAAGGAGGCGGUGUCCCCCGUUGGCAGCGAGUCCAGCGGCGUUAGUUCGUUGGAUUUGGAAGAUAUCAAGAAACAAACACCAUCACCGCCAACUCUUCCCGACGAGUCCAAGGAAAAUUCGGACUCAUCGACCGGUGGCUCAUCGUCCCCGUCGUCGGACUCGUCCUCCUCGUCCGCUGCAUCGACCAUAUCGACGACCUCGUCCAGAACUACGUCCACCUCUUCCUCGUCCUCGUCGGCUUCGUCGGACGAUGACGGCAGCCAGUCGGCGGAGGAGAGCGACCGAAAGCAGCAGCUCUCCCAGGACGAGCCGACGAGCGACAGUGCCCUUCCGUUCUCGCCGCUUCCCUCGCCGACGUCGUCCCUCGCGUCGGCCGGUGUUAGCGAGUCGAACGAAUCACCACAGCCGCCAACCAUCGGUGUGGCGGUUCCCACCGUGAACAACAACGCUUCGACUCCGUCAUCCUCGCCGACACCGCCGACCAAGCUGUGGUCCACCUACGGUGAAACGCUGUUUGUCUCGCCCUUCCUACCGAUAGCGCCGGUCACCAUCACCUCCACAACGGAGCCCAUUUACCGCCUACCGCGCCCAGCCAUCCGUUACGCAAACCGCGACAUUCUCGACCUGGCCAGCAACAUCCGCUGGAACGGUGGAGCCGGUGGACCCGGUGAUUUCGCGGUGCACUUUGCCGAACUGCCGGAGACGCAUAACAUUCAGCUGUUCCUGAACAACCGCUCCCAGUACCACCGGCUCGGACCGAACGGACACAUCCAGGAGUACCGUAUGGCGUCGUGCGAGUGCUGCGACUUCAAGUAUCCAGUGAACGCUGUUGUUGGAGGCGCUGCUGGUGCUAACCACCAGGUUACAGCUUCGACCGGCAUCAUCCCGAUCAACUUCGGGUUGAAUAUUUCACAACAGCAGCAGCAGCAACAUCAACAGCAACAGCAACAGCAACAGUUGCAACAACAGCAGCGACUUCGAAUGCAGCAGCAACAGCAGUUGCAGCAGCAGCAGCAACAACAACAGUUUCCAUACCGCUUUAACAACAACAAUGUGACGACCACCAACGGAGUUAAUGGCAUGGGACGCGAGUACAACAUGUACCAGCAGCAGCAACAGCCGGCUGCCAUGGGCAACAAUGGCGUCGGAGGAAUGUCCUCCCGAUUCAACGCUGGCGGCUAUGGUGGUGGUGGUUCUUCGUCGAAUGGCGCAGCGGGCGGUGGUUUCUACAACAACAACAGUUCCACCCUGAUGGGCCGUGACCAUCUCAACCCGAUGGCUUCAGCGCUGCAACAGCAGCAACAGUACUUCGGUGGCAACCUAAAAGGAAUCUCUCCACCGAACGGUGGCGCCACCUCGUCUGCCUCGUCUUCGUCCCUCCGCCAGCAGCAGUUUGAAAUGCUGCAGCAGAAACAGCAGUACGGUAGCAACUACCCCCUAGGGGCGGGAAACAAUAAUGGUGGUGCCGUUCCGGCCGUUCUUUCCGUUGCCGCACGACUUCAGCAGCAGCAGCAGCAGCAGCAACAGUCGUCGCAGUACUACAAGAAGAACCAAUCGAUGCGCUACGGUGGUGGGGCUCAGUCGGGUGCUGCGUCCUCGUCCGUUUCAUCAUCGUUGGCCGGUGCCUCGAACGGUGCCUCCAACUGGAAGAACUCGACGGUCAACAGCAACAACAUCCACGACACCACCGCGAAGUUGCUAAUGGAGCUGAACAAAAUCCAGCAACAACAGCAGCAACCCUCCUACUACUCACCUUUCCUGUAAAAAGAGGCGCAUCAGGUGGCGAUGGGAGCGGCCAGCUGCAUUUGACGGGGGAAAGAGAACGGAAAUCGCGACGAUAUAUGCACUUGUGAUGCACAAGUGUAACCAAUUCCAUCCCCUCCCACCUUUCCAUCCUCCAACUCCGGAGAGCAUGUUGAGAUUAUUCCAUCGGGGGAAAAAACUAGGACGCGGAUGAAAUGAUGGUGGAUGGAAUGCACGAAAGGUGAAGAACAAGUUGAGAUAAACACGGAGAAGGAGAGAGAAAGAGAGAAGCAUAGAGGGCAACACAUCGACAACAUCCGUUGCGCGCCCCAUCUCGCCAUCGUUACCAAAGUUGCCAAAGCCGGAGCAGAAUGUGAAUGUUUUCUUUUUUUUUUUAUAAUUUGUUAAUCCUCGUAAUCGACAUCCAUGUCCACACGGCUCUCCUUCUUUAUCUCUCAGUAUAGUAAAAUUACUAAAAUUAAACAACGGGAGGCUACAAUUCCCGUUUUUCGCGCGGUCUCUAACAACACUCCUGAACGUUGGCCGUAUAGUAAAAGAAAAGCAAGGGAAGCAUAGCAAAACGUAGAAAGCCAACGUCGUGCAAGGAGAGAGAUCCCUAGUCCAGCAAUCACCACCCAUCCAUCUACAAACCCCCAUGUGAAUGAUGUACGGUUGUUGUACGUCCGUUCUGCAGCUAGGACAGGAAGAAUAUGACAUUCUAUUUGUCAUGACUGCGCGCAACCCUCCUCCAAUGUCCACAACUACUUCUUACGCUGCUGGUGCAGCGGUUGUUAUGUGUUGCCGAGAGGGAGGGAGGAGGAAGACGACAAGAAAAGGAUACCCAAAAGGUUUCGACCGCAUAUUAUUACGUUGUUCCUAAGAGUAAUUAAGUUUUGAAUACAGCAAUGCAAUGCAAUGCGCCUCACCAGCCCUAAGUAUAGAAGAAAAAAUACACCCGCUUGUGAGUAGCAAAGCGAAGAGAACAGUGAUAUUCAGAGCAAUUCGCCAAUCGCGCCACCCAAAACGCAACGCACCAUCACCAACCGAGCCCGAUACGCGCAGCAUCAUCAGCCGGAAACAAAUGUGUAAAAUAAAUGUGUAAUACGCCUUUCCAACGACCGAUCGAUGCAAGUUACUGCAGCAGCGUCAGCCGGGUCCAGUCCAGCCACCACUUGCACUUGCACUUACGGCCUAGUCAUAUUAAAGGUCGUGAAAAUCGUGUAUUUUACUAUCGCUGAUCAUCGUACAUUCCUCGCACGAGAGGAGGGACGUGAUUAAAACGUAACAACUUCUACCACCAGCGCUGUCCUCCUCCUUCUUCGGCAGCGAGAAUGUCAAUGUAACGAGGCAUGCAAAGGCUGGAUGAUGCGGAAAACAUACUGCUGUGUACCAACGUCAAACAGCGGGGGCGGAGGAGAGACGAGAGAAAGAGCACAGAGAGCAAGACAGAGAGAAAGACAACGAGGGAAAGAGUGUGUGAUAUUCAUGAAAAUAUCUACGACUCGAUUUCUUCACGACAUCUUUCGGAUAUCAUUCCGUUGCAAUCUUCCAGUUAUUUUCGUAUGUAAGCAAACCCCCUGAAGCAGCAAAAUACACAACACAAGACGACGAAGUGAGCUCUUUUUCUUGUGCUCUAAAAUCCGCCAUCCUGGUGCACCCCUGGGCUUAUCGAACGAACCAACGAUGCAACGACCCCGCAACGAUCACUACCAGCACACGGCUGGCUGCAGCAUCCAUCCGCACCGGCAAUCAUCACUCUCUACGCGUAGGCAUGAAACAAAGUGAGUCGUUUUGAGGUACACGAACGAAAGUAUUCUCUACACACAAGCUAAAAGGUUAAGUUUAAUACGAACGUUUACAUCUGCGAUGGAAAAGAAGUUACACGUGUGUGCUCUAUACCACACCAAAAGCGAAAACCUGUGAGACAAAGAGGAAUCGGGAGGGAAGGAAGCGUGCGAAAGAACGCGGCCGGAACAAAUCAAUGUUAGAUUAGGAUAUACGAAAGCAACAGCAAAAUGCUGCGAAGUCACUGAGUGUGACUCCUUGAAAGUAUCGGCUAGCUAAAAAAGUAGAAUUAGAAAAGCUUAUCUGUACAAUCUAUAAAAAAACACACACACAAACACACAAUACUGUAAGUAAUUUAAGCGGGUGAAACAACACACAGUGCAGGAUUAUUUAAAAGAUGUGUUUGGCAGUGUUCCUGUGGCGUGGGUAGUCCAAGGGACGAUGUGGGAUUCUAAAGGAAAUGUGUCUUUGACUAAACACCACACCACAAACAUACCCACAGACACAAACACACACAAACACGCGCGAAGAUACGGAAAACAAAUCUUUUUUAGUGAACUACUAGUGAAAAGAAAAAUGAAUAGGUUGACUAAUGACUACUAUUAUGAUAUAAUUACGAUUAUUACUACGGCUCUAUUAUAUACAUAUAUAUUUACCCUUUAGUAUGUACGACUACGAUUACUGCUACGAUAUCCAUGUAAGAGUAGGAUUUAUUGGCCGUGAGCAGUAAAAACUGCACCAUUAGAGAAGAAACGAAAAGAAUCGUCGGUCAAUGAUGAGUUUGGAAUCUUUUUUUCCCAGCUCCUACGAUCAUUCAGUACCACCACCCACCCCACCCACCGGGAGUCGCGCGCGGGGGUGGCUAACUAACAAAGUAAUGCAUAGCAAAAAGAGACUUAAUUAAAAAUCGUUUCAUAAUCAAUGCCUAACUGUAUGUGUGGAACGAAUGUUUGAAAUUACGCUAAAGAAAUGUGUGGGCGAAAAAAAUUACAUUCAAUCACUCAAAGACAAGGUGCACAUUCAGUCAUACACCCACACACCCAGGCAGAUACACAUCUUAAAUAGGCUGGUGAUAAUGUUGACCCCAAAACGUAGUAGCGAUAGAAGAAACGAAAAACACAGUUCCCGAAAUGAUGGUGGAAGAGGAGCGGAAAAGGGUAGUUUUAAAAUGUGAAGGGACAGUCCCUGUAGCAGUUAUGUAUAGGUGGUAGAAUUUAAUUCGUUAUAGCUCGAAAGCGGUAGAAAGUAGUCAUGAGUAAUUACAGUAGUGGUUUCCUUUUCUUUUUUAAAUGUUGAACUCUAGUUUUCAUCCAGUCUGUUGAAUUGAUUGAACUCGAAAUGAAGAAAAAUAACAUACAAACAAACGGAAUAUGCAACUUUAUCAUCGUCAUUGUGAACUAAGUAAACACACCUUGCGUUGUUGUGGUAAGAAGGAUGUGCUUGCGUAUCCUUUUGCACCAGAGAGGCAUGAGAAUAUGUCAAGUUAGACAGCAUACCACGGUAGCAAAUGGUUGGAGGGAGGAGGGGGACGAAGAAAUGAUAAACACAGAGGUACAAACGAAUCGAAACGAAACGAAAUGCGCACUACAGGGAGAUUUGUAUUAUCUAAGUAGCCCGUUGUUGUGGUGUGGUUAUAAGGAUCGGGUGUAACGGAGAAAACGGAAAGCAAGGUUUCGCUAAGAACAACACACACAUACACAAUCACGUACAUCUCCUAGUAAGUGAAAAAGAAACAAGAUUUAUGUAGCGAGAGAGCAAAGAACGGAUGUAAUUUAGAGUGGCCAAAUCCGUCGAUGAUCGCAGGGAGAGCAAAGUUGAAUGCGAAUUUAGUGAGAAUUUUAUCAUCGUGUUAUAUUAAUAUUUUCCUAAUCUUAACGUUAUCUUGUUUCGUAUCUUUUAGAGAACUUGACGCACUUUUUACUUAUCAUACUUGUAUACUCCUACCCUCCCCGCCUCUUGCUCGUUUGCUGCAAAACCAGAACUGAAUAUUGUUGAAAUUUUGUUACCUUACAUUGUUGUGUUAGUUUGAAUAGUUUUUUUUCCUUUUCUUUUUUUUUUGUAGUUUUACCAUAUCGAUAUUUCACGCAAGUAACAAACCACAACCGGUAGCGACAUGUAUGUGACUGAUGUUAAUGCUUAAAAAACGGGCAAAGGAUUAAAUCCGAUUAAAGACCACACUUUUAAUGUGUGAGUGUAUUGGUUUUGUGUAGCUCUGAAAUUCCUUGCAAUAUUUGCUUUCUUUUGGGCUUUGUGAUGAUGUGAAGAUUAUCAAGGAAAAAAGGGGUUUCCAUCAUUAGAUAAUUUCCUGCAAUAAUGGAGUGGAAUCGCUGGAUUUCAGUUUUUUUUUUAUAUUUUAUCCGCGUAACACAUUCUUUAAAUUUCUCCACCAUUCGUUAGAGGUAUUUUUUCCUACAAUAUUUGUUAAGAAAAGCUAAUGCAUUAAAAGUUCGAUCCAAACACACACACACCCACAACUACAGCUUACAGUUUAUCGUCAACAAAAUGGUACGGAGAGAUAGCGCGAGAAAAAUAAAAAGUCCUUUAUCCGGACAACACAUUUUAGCUCGUUUGCUUGCUGUGCCCACCUUGCCUUGCACCUGUCGCGCAUCUAAAACCCAAUACACCGGGGUAAAAUGACAGAAGGAAACGAGAGUGCCACUUAAAAGAAAAAGAACUGAAAUAA